CGGCGCAGAGGAAGCCACGCUCCAAGGCCGGUUGCUAAUCCCGGGCGCACUCCCAGGAAGUGACGUAACAAGGCGCGCGUGGCGCCGGCCGGCGUUUCCGCAAACAGAAUCGUGGAUGACUGUGUGGUGUUGAUUCAUGAAGUUUUGCUGUCAGUUCAAGUAACCAGAAAUGGAAAGUUCUGCAAAAACAGACAAAUAUGAAAACAUGUCUUUUGACAAGGCAAAAGUAUCAAUAGAUUCUGAAACAGAAUCUUCUCCGAGUGUUAAUGAGUCUAUCGCUGCAUCUGGGCAGAAGCUUUCUGAAAAGACACCCACAGGUCAGCAAGUAGAUAAACCAAAAAGGAGAAAAGAGUUUGAAGAUGAUCUUGUCGAGGAAAAUUCAAGUCAUGUGGAAGACUCUCCAUCCAAGAAAAGAAAACUUGAUGUUGAAAUCCUAGAGGAAAAAUGCUCUGGAGGUGAUGGAGCUGAUUCAAAGAAAAGGAAACUGGAAAGGAGUGACGUUUCUGAGGAUGCUGCAGAAAAGCGGAAAAAGCUGGUGGAAGGUCACAGCUCUGCCGUUGCUGCCCACUAUAAUGAGCUUCAAGAAGUGGGUUUGGAGAAGCGCAGUCAGAGUCGCAUUUUUUACCUAAGAAACUUUAAUAAUUGGAUUAAAAGUAUUCUUAUUGGGGAAUUUUUAGAAAAGGUACGACAAAGAAAAAAUCGUGAUAUCACUGCUUUGGACCUGGGAUGUGGAAAAGGCGGAGACUUACUCAAGUGGAGAAAGGGGAGAAUUAGCAGGCUAGUGUGUGCUGAUAUUGCUGAUGUUUCUAUGAAACAAUGUCAACAGCGUUAUGAAGACAUGAGAUGUCGUCGUGAUAAUGAAUAUAUUUUUAAUGCAGAAUUUAUAACUGCAGACUGUUCAAAGGAACUUUUGGCUGAAAAGCUUCGUGAUCCAGAAAUGUGCUUUGACAUCUGCAGCUGUCAGUUUGCUUGUCAUUACUCCUUUGAGACCUUGGAGCAGGCUGAUAAGAUGCUUAGAAAUGCUUGUGGAAGGCUUAACCCUGGGGGCUAUUUUAUCGGUACCACUCCCAAUAGCUUUGAACUGAUAAGACGCCUUGAAGCUUCAGAAACAGAAUCAUUUGGAAAUGAAAUAUAUACUGUGAAAUUCCAGAAGAAAGGAAGUUAUCCUUUAUUUGGCUGCAAAUAUGACUUCAACUUGGAAAGUGUUGUGGAUGUCCCUGAAUUCUUGGUCUAUUUUCCGUUGCUAACUGAAAUGGCAAAGAAGUACAAUAUGAAGCUAAUUUACAAAAAAACGUUUCGGGAAUUCUAUGAAGAAAAGAUUAAGAACAAUGAAAACAAAAUGCUCUUGAAACGCAUGCAAGCCCUGGAGCCAUACCCUGCAAAUGAGAACUCUAGACUUGCCUCUGAAAAGGUUGGUGACUAUGCACAUGCAGCAGAGUACAUGAAGAACAGUCAAGUGAGAUUACCUCUGGGAACCUUAAGUAAGUCAGAAUGGGAAGCUACAAGUAUCUACUUGGUUUUUGCCUUUGAGAAGCAGCAGUGAGCACUUAAUUGUCUCAGAGCGCACUCCAUCCUUACAGAUGUCACAAACCAUCUCAGAUACAUUUGACAGCUGUUUGUUUAUUUUAAUAGUAAGUUCUAAAUGUGUAGGAUGCUGCCAAAAAGUCCAGUGUAAAAAUUUGACAUUUACUGUCUAUGUCAGGUUAGCUUUGUUCUCUCUUUCUCUCUCUCUCUCUCUCUCUCUCUCUCCCUCUCUCUCUCUCUCUUUCUCUUUGUGUGUGUGUGUGUGUGUUUACGAUCUAUUUUUAAGUAAUAUUUUAAGAAUUGUUUCCCUCUACUGUCAAAACUAUAACAAAGCAUGUCAGAGCAACUGACAUCUCCACAGUGCUGUGAUUUGCUGAGUGUUUACAGAGUUGACUUUACAGCAAUUGUAGAAUUAACAGAGGAGUGCUAGUUUGCCACCAUGCACUUGAAGUUUUGUUACAGUGUUUUUCAAUAUUAAAUGGAUUGUGUUCUAUACAUUUGAAUGUAAGUGUUCAAUAUAUAUUGCUAAAGGUAAAAGAUUGAAAUCUGAUUUUAGGUUUUCAUAAGAGCUACCUGGCUAAAUUUUGACUGUUUGAAUAAAAUAACUAUUUGCUAAUACAAUGAAAUUUUGAGACUAUAGAAAAUUUUCGAUGGCAGCAUAGAGAUAUUUUGGAAUGGUUUGGUAAUCUGUGAAGAAUUUCCUACCAUAGCAAUUAAUAUGUCCAACUAUUGAAAUUAAUUAAGGUACUUUCAACUUUCUUCAUUGGACAGUGAUUCCAUGGUUAGAUUUUCUUACGAUUUUGUGAAAAUGCCAUGUCAUAAUCCUGUUACUUAUUGUCUUAAAAUGUGUAUAUGCAAGUGCAGCAGCAGUAGGUAGCGCAGUAAGAAAAGCAGGUAGAUUCCUCACCAAUAAGAGAUGUCAGUUACUAAUGCUGUGUCCUUCCAGUCAAAUAGGGACCCCUGCUCCCCUCUUCCGCAUUGCUACCUCACACAGAAGAACCCACUGUUCAGUUGUCAUUCAAACAUGCACUGUUGAGGUUAAUGGUAUACAGGUUGGCAUGGCUGCCUUCCAAAUAUUUACUUGCUGUCUCACAACCAUUAAAAUAGUCAUUAAAAUUGUCAAUUAUAGAAUUGGCUUCAAGAGCUGAUAUCUGUGUGAACUGCUGUCUUACAUUUAAGAAACUUGAUAGCCUUUAGGUACAUCAGGAAACUUGAGAGCAGUACCAUUAUAUAUUCUUUUAAAAGUCAUUUAUUUAAAGGACAAUUUACAAAGAUCUUGCUUUGUAUAAAAAUCUGUAGUACUUACUUUAAAAGUAGCCUUGGGGAUGGAGAGAUGGCUCAGCAGUUGAGUGCUGGCUACUCUUACAGAAGACCUAGGUUCAAUUGCCAGCACCCACAUGGCAGCUUAUACCUGUCUGUAACUCCAGUUUCUGAGGCUCUGACACCAUCUUCUGGUCUCCAUGGGCACCAGGCAUGCACAUAGUGCAUAUACAUACAUACAGGCAAAAUACUCAUACAUACAAAAUAAGAAUAAUUGUUAGUAAAUUAAAAGCAUACUCAGAUUAUAUAUUGUCACUACUCAUAGUAUUAGAGUGUAGCUUUGGUGCAGGGUUUGGGCUGUGGGGAUGAAAGUUCUUGUCUUAGAAAUUCAGGCUCAUUUUAUUCCCAGGGAAGGUACUACUAAGUAUUCCUGAGGAUGGUUUGGCAGGUAGGGUAAGCUUUGUUACAACUCUUGAUCUUAGUUAAUAGGUAAUGCAUCAAUUUUUAGUCUUUUUCUGUCCUUUUCAUUCUAUCCUAUGGGUUGUUUUAGAGAGAAUAAUUCCUCAAAGGGUGGAGGAUAGUUAUUCCAAGCAAUGAGAAGAGAAAUGUGGAGUUCCAAGACCCUUUGCUGAGGAAUCAUAGAGAACUGGACUGGGUCUGAGAUAGACUCUAGUCCUUACACCUACUGUCAUAGACAUAGGAGAGUUCCCAUGAGACCACCUUACAGUACUUGUACCUGAUAAGAAAGGCAUGGGUUUUCAUUACAGGAUCCAGGAAGAACCCCUUAUUUUGGGUUCAACAAUGAGAAUGAGUCAGAGGAGAUGUGUGGACACUCCCAGACCUGCCACAUAGGGUACCCUCCAAGGUUGAGUUUCAAAAUGAACAUCAGGGACUGGAGACAUAGCUCAGAGGUUAAGAGUUGUGCUGCUCUUUCAGAGACUAGAGUUUGGUUCCUAACACGUAUAUCAGGUGGCUCAAAACUGCUUGUAGUUCCAGCUGCAGGGACUUGAUUACUUUCUUCUGGGUUCUGCUGGCAUGUGCACACAGGCACAAACAUGCAUAAAUCUUUAGAAAUGAAGAUCACCUGGGCCAUUUGUGAGAAUGUCACAACUUGAAUUGGAGAAAGUUCUUGGGGACAAAUCUGUAUUGUAGUAGAACCUAAAAUGCUGACAUGAAAUUAUUUGGGUCUAGAACUUACUCAGGGAAACACUCCAGUGUAUACAGUGCUGAUGAAGAGAAACUAAGGAGUUUGUCAGUCCCUACCAAUCUUUUUAGGGUCCUGACCUGUACAGCGCCUCAAGCCUGCUGGAGCUGACCCACACACCACUUCAGUUCUCCUGAGCACCUCACAGACUGCCUCUCAUCUGUAAGAGAAGGUUAUGACUGACUAGAGUCACCCAACAAUGAUGGACCUGUAUGAUGGCUGAAUGGCACAGAGAGAAUAGAAAUUUUCUCAAGACCAAAGGAACAAAACAUUUCCAGUCUAUGAUAGGCCUAGACUCCUAUUCUCACAUACUUCUGAGGGUGGAACAGGCGAGUCCUACAGCCUGAGCUCUUAGUUAUCGAGGCACCUUAACUUAGAUAUAUUAAUUCCUGAGUAAGGUGAUCCAAUAAAUAGGGUGCCCUGGUAGGAAACAGAACUAGACAAGGUACUCUUCAUGGUGUGGUGACCUGGUCCUCUAACCAGGCUUGUGGGAUCUGCACACUGCAUGUGAUAGUGUCCUCCUAAACUUACUGUGUGGAUGUAUCAGUGUAAGAGAGUCUCUAAGAUACAGAAAUUCUGCUUUUGUGUGAGUAUAGGCAGGCCUCAUUUUGUGGAUUUGCUUGUUUAAACUCUGUUCAAAGUUAUAUCUAUACAAGCAGUCAGAUUUCUCACAGACAAAACAUAUGUGAAUUCAUAAGCCAGGAGUUGGAGAUGUCUUUGUACUCACUACUGUCCCAUCCACAACAACCAUCCAAUUCUUAGCAAAAAUCUGGUUUCAUCUGGCUUGAAAUAUUAUGUGACUGAAAUUAAAAAUACACUCUUUGGCUUUCACUUGUCAGUGUUCAUGAGAUUCUCAUGAUUGUACAGUAUUUCAUUGUGUGAAUAAACAAUAUUAUCCAA